CAGGCAGUGCCCUGGCUUCUCCCCAGCCGGCAGGAAAGCUACCUUAAAUCAGGGCUGACCGGAGCCCUUCCCAAGCCGGCUGGGGGGGUCUCGGCGCUGAACUGGUACAUUGUUGAGAGCAGAGCCCCAUCAGGUCCCGAGUGCUAGGCAACGGGGAUGGGGAGGCGGCGCGCAGAGACAUCAUCAGCGCCAGAAAAGCGGAGGGGGAGACAGGACUGCGGCGAGGCAGACGCGCGCCGCCGAGCCCCGCCAGCGGGACGGUGAAGGUGAAGCCGUCGGCCCUCGAGGCCGGGGCAAGGGCAUGCGCUCGCCGGCCGGCCCCGCGCGGGUGCUGAGCCUCCCCACGGGCCGGGGCUUUGCCGGGCGCCUUCCCUGCGGCCCUCGGACCCCGGUGCCUGGCCGGGAGCUGUGCCGGAGCGGGAUGGGGUGCUGCUGACCGCGCGAAGCGGGUGAUUCCCCCGGCUGCGCCAGAAAUAGCAAGCGAUGGAGCUCCUUCGCAGUGUCUCCGGAUCCUCCGCCGUGCCCCUGACCUGCCUGCUUCUCGUCGCCCUGCAUGGCUGGCCAGGUGCCGGUGCUCAGGAGGACAAGAGCUUCCAGCUGUGGCAGCCCCAGGGGCAGGUGUCGGUGUCCGUGGGGCAGACGCUCACCCUGCACUGCACCGUAUCCAAACACGCUAUGGCGGGACCCGUGAAGUGGCUGAAGACUUUCGGCAGCAGUAAAGAGGUCAUUUAUGAUCAGAAAGGCCCCUUCCCCCGUGUGACAAGGGCGGUGAACGAGUCCAACACAAAUUACACCAUCCACAUCAGUAAGGUCCGGGUCGAGGAUGCCGGGACCUAUUACUGUGUGAAGUUUAAGAAAGGAGAGGAGCAGGAUGAGGAGUAUUCAUCGGGAGCGGGCACGGAGGUGUUUGUGCAUGCCAGCCCCACGUCAGUGGCUGUGUCUGGGCCUGAGCACAGAGCGGAGCCGGGCAGCUUGGCGCGUUUCACCUGCACGGCCGGAGGCUUCUUCCCCAGAGACAUCAGUGUGGAAUGGCUCAAAAACGGGGCCCCGGUAAGAGCUCCGGGGCCCUGGGUCACCGCCGGGCAGACAAACUCCUCCUACGACAUGGUCAGCGCGGUGGAGGUGACCCUGCGGGCUGCCGACGUCCGCUCCCAGCUCACCUGCACGGUCAAGCACUCCACUCUGCCCGCCCCGCUGAGGCAGACGUACAACCUCAGCGACGCUGUGCGAGUGCCGCCCACCGUGCGGGUGCUGCCUGACCUGCCCAACCCCGUCGAGGUGAACAAGACCGUGAACUUCACCUGCUCCGCGGAGGGGUUUUAUCCAGACGCGGUGACCCUCACCUGGCUGGAAAACGGGGUGGAGGCGAAUGCGGGGAGCCCCCCGCACCUGACGGAGACCUCCCAGGGGACCUUUGAGCUGCGGAGCCUCCUGGAAGUGCAAGCGACGGAGGAGAAGAAUCAGUCCGUGUUCACCUGCCGGGUGGUGCACGACUCCCAGAGCCCCGUCAGCAGCGCCGUGACCCUGCAGAUCGCCGUGCCGGCUGCCGACCGGGGCCCAAAUGACGAGUCGCUCGCAGGCAAUUUAACCCUCAUAUACAUUGCAGUGGGAGUGAUCUGCACUGUGCUGGCACUGCUGGUGAUUGCUAUUCUCUACCUCAUCCGGGCAAAACAGAGCAAAGGUAAAAGCUCCCCAUCUGUUAGGUUACAUGAGCCAGAGAAGAGUAGUGGGGCGGCUACCCAGGAGUCUGAUCACAAUAACCUGACCUAUGCGGACCUCAACUUUGACAAAGAGAAGAAGAGUAUCCGCCGGAUCAUUGAGAUGAGUCAGCAAUCCGAGUACGCCUGCAUCCAGACCAGCCAAGCCCCCGCCACGGAGGACAACCUCACCUACGCUGACCUAGACAUGGUCCACCUCAGCAAGGCACCCAAGAGGCCUGCCCCUCGCCCUGAGGAAGCCGGCUCAGAGUAUGCCAGUGUCCAGAUCCAGAGGAAGUGAGCAGGGCUGCAGCUGGCUGGGGCUCAUGGGGGGUUGGUGAUAUGCAGUGGGGGCCCUCUGCCUUGGGGGAGCAGCCCUGCUCCUCCAUGGGUGGAUUUUGACAGAGGCACUGAAUGAGAGCAUUGAGGAGAUGUAUGUUGAGCUACGGUACCUGUAUUUUGGGAUGGAAAUGGUGUCUGCAGCACUGGGAGGCUGCUGCAGCCUAUUGCAGCUGCAUCAACAGCUGGGAGUUUGCACCCCUUCCACAGAGACCUUGACUUUGAACUACAGCUCAGCAGACACCUUGGUCACUGGACAGCUCUUUCUCUUCGUGAUCCCUCACAUGGUUGAGGAGGCUGCUCAGCCUCAGUGCGCUGGAUGUGACUGCAAGUCUCUUAAGUUCCUUGGAGCAUCUUUCCAGCUAUCUUCUCUCCUGACCAAGGACCACAUCUCUUGGGAGAAUCGGAGCUCUCUGCAGCUCGUCAGGAAGCUUGAGCUGGGCUGAGAGGACAUGGGCACUCUGCUUCAAACCAGCCCUCUGAAGGAAAAGGGGCUACUGUGGGACCUGAGCCACAGCAAAGUGCUCUGUGUUGCUGUUUGAGGCCACAGAGUGUGAAGCUGCCUAGGUGACAGUAACCUGCCUGGCAGGAAGUGUUGCUGCUUGGCCAGGCUCGUUGUGACUUCCCACAGCGAUCCUGUCUCUAGCAGGAACCUGCUAGGGAGGCAGCUCUGCCAUCUCCGGGAAAGCACAGUGCGUGGAACACAGCAACUAUGGCUUUAAAGGAAGGACGUAAGUGUCCACCUAUCUCUCUUCCUAAGUGUCUCUUCUGUGGGACCAUGGUCUCACUAAGGCCAAUAAAACCCUUAGGCUGGGAAGGCUUGCAAGAAAGCUGCAGUUCUGCUGGCUCUCCCCUGUCACCCCAUCCAAGACGGCUCCAGAGGAGCACAGUCCUUCCGUGCUGCCGGAGUCCCAGGCUGAAGAGCACCCAGACAAGGACUGCAGCUCCCAGGCUCACAUCUCUGGCACAGAGCAUCCUUCUUGUGAGAGCUUUCCCCCUAACUGGACAAACCAGCCUUCUCCUGGACUUGUACAAGUCCCCUGCUUCUGAGCACCAGCUGAACUGGGAUUUGGGUGCCUUCAGCACCUCCUCUUAGCCAGCCCCACGUCCCCUGCCACCACCCUGCUCUUGUUCACGAGGAGAGCAUGUGGGAGCAGAAGGGAUCCCCAAAGGGAAGCAUUCCCCACAAAUAACAUGUAACAUGUUUUGACUGUUUGACAUGUAACUGUUAAUUUUUAGAGCUAAAAGACCAUGUUUUGUGUGCUGUAUGUGGGUGUACUGCUGUGUACUUAGCACGAGGAUAAAAUGUGCAGAAAUAAGACCAAGGCCUCAGUAAAGACCCCCCCCCCCAAACCCCUUAGAGCUUCAGCGUCUUACGCAGCCCUCCCUGCCCUCUGCCGCAGUGGCUGGGGGCCAGGGCACGGAGAGGACCUGCAUCUUCCACAUCUCACAGCUGAGUGUCCCUGCUUGGCUCACCCCUCCUUCCCCGAGGACACAGAGCAAGAGCCUGGUGCCACAAUCCCGCGCUGGCCAGGUUGCACCCGGGGACUGGGCCGGCUCCCUGCCAGGACUGUGUGCCCUCGGUGGCAGGCAGGGUGUCACCCCCUGACAGGUGCUUGUCUGAGGCCCAGGAGCAAGGGGGGAGUCCCGGAGACGCAGUGAUGCUUUGAGAGCUACGUGACUGCUUGUACAGACCACAGCUUUUUUUUUUUUUUUUUUUUCGCUUGCGAGAUAUUUUUGUAAUAAAAGUGAAAAGUCCUA